CGACCCGCCAGCGUCCGGCAUGAGGGGUUGGGGUGUUGCUGUCACCUCCUGCUCGCUCAAGCACCAUGGAACGCCUGCGGAGCCUGAGCCGGCUCCUGCCCCGGCGCACGUUGUGCGCUCUGGCCCAGGGCCUGACGCCUGGGGCGCGCCCAGUUGCCGCCUGCGGCCGCGCGGCCCACAUCCUCGGGCGGAGCCGGGCCGCGCCGCUGUGCGGGCCCCGCCGGCCCCCAGUGGCAGGUGAAAUGCACCGGUUUAGAACUUCUGAUGUCUCUCAAGCCACUUUAGCCAGCGUAGCCCCGGUGUUUACUGUGACAAAAUUUGACAAAGAGGGAAACGUUACUUCUUUUGAAAAGAAGAAAACUGACUUAUAUCAAGAAUUAGGUCUUCAAGCCAGAGAUUUGAGGUUUCAGCAUGUGAUGAGCAUCACAACAAGAAACAAUAGAAUUAUCAUGAGAAUGGAGGUAAAGGGUUUUUAUGCCAUCGUCCUUUCCUGCUUCCUAGCUGUCUUGAUCAAUUAUCGUAAUUUAAAUUUAGAGCAAUGGCUAUUCCGGGAACUCCCCUCACAGUUGGCUGGAGAAGGACAACUUGUCACAUACCCUUUACCUUUUGAGUUCAGGGCUAUAGAAGCACUCCUACAAUAUUGGAUCAGCACUCUUCAGGGGAAACUUAGCGUUUUGCAACCACUGAUCCUUGAGACACUGGAAGCUUUAGUGGAUCCCAAACAUUCCUCUGUAGACAGAAGCAAACUGCACAUCUUGCUACAAAAUGGCAAAAGUCUGUCAGAGUUAGAAACCGAUAUCAAAAUUUUCAAAGAGUCCAUUUUGGAGAUCUUGGAUGAAGAAGAGAGGCUGGAGGAGCUCUGUCUGACAAAGUGGAGUGACCCACAAGUCUUUGAAAAGAGCAGUGCAGGAAUCGACCAUGCAGAAGAGAUGGAAUUGCUGUUGGAAAACUACUACCGAUUAGCGGAGGAUCUUUCCAAUGCAGCUCGGGAACUCAGGGCACUGAUCGAUGAUUCACAGAGUAUCAUAUUCAUCAAUCUGGACAGCCACCGUAAUGUGAUGAUGAGGCUGAACCUGCAGUUGACCAUGGGAACCUUCUCUCUUUCACUCUUUGGACUAAUGGGAGUUGCUUUUGGAAUGAAUCUAGAAUCUUCUCUUGAAGAGGACCAUAGGGUGUUUUGGCUGAUUACAGGAAUUAUGUUUAUGGGAAGUGGCCUCAUCUGGAGGCGUCUGCUGUCAUUCCUCGGACGACAGCUCGAAGCUCCUUUGCCUCCUGUGAUGGCCUCUUUACCCAAAAAAACCCUUCAGGCAGACAGAAGCAUGGAAAUGAAACACAGCUUCCGGCCAGAUGGACCCGGAUCAAGCAGGAGUGUCCUGACAACGCGGUAGAGACUGGAUUAUUUGUUUAUAGUCACGAGAAACUUCUGAUACUUUAUUUUCUUUUAUAGAAUCAGAGACUUGAAAAAAAUCACUGAUACUUAAAUUAUAAUGUCUGAUAAAAUAUUAGGGCACUCACAGUACUAGAACUUAAUUGCAAAGUACUUGCUUUGUAAAAGGCCAAAAUUCUAUCUUCCACAAAGUGAAAAGGCUGUUUUCAGAGACAUGAUGUGAGGCAUGGAGAGACUGAUUUAUACAUAUCAAAAAAAGUACAGCCUCACGCCAAGCAAAGCCUGAAAACUUGAUGAACCCGUGUGAUGAGACCAGGUAGCAGCUCUUAGGAAGUUCCCAAGAACAAGAUUCCCUGUGCUGACUCUCAGGUGACUGGAAAGGUAGGAAAAUCUAUAUUAACCUCAAAACACACUUGGAAAGUUUGUGCUUUAAAUCAGUCUUUUCUUGUAUUUGCCUCCUUUUUAUAUAAGGCAAAUAAAAAUGAAACGAUUGAACAUCA